AUGAGCGCCCAAAGACGCCUCGACGCCAUCUCCGGCCAACUCUCCUCCACCUCGACCACGACGCACUCUCCCGGGCUGCAGAAAAUCCUCGAGAAGAACCCAGACGACAUUGUCAUCACAUGCGCCACGCGCACGCCCCUCACAAAGGCCCGCAAGGGCGGGUUCAAGGACACGCCCACCGACGAGCUACUGAUCCACGUCCUCAAGGCCAUCAAGGACAAGUCCGGCAUCAACCCGGACCUGGUCGAGGAUGUCUGCGUGGGAAAUGUCCUGCAACCUGCCCCGGGGUUCGUGGCUAGAAGCGCCGUUCUCGCCGCGGGGUUCCCCGUGACCACGGCCGCCAGCGUCGCCUCGAGAUUCUGCUCGUCGGGCCUGUUGAGCAUCCAGACGCUGGCGAGCUCGAUCGCCAUCGACGCCAUCGACGUGGGCAUCGCCGUCGGGAUCGAGAGCAUGUCGACCAACCGAGACGCCCCGCCGCCCAUGAGCGAGGCCAUCAUGUCGCAUCCCAUCGCCAAGGACAACGUCGAGCCCAUGGGCUGGACAUCGGAGAACGUGGCGCGCGACUUCCACGUCACCCGCGAGAUGCAGGACAAGUUUGCCGAGAUGUCGCACAACCGCGCCGAGCGGGCGCAGAAGGAAGGCUGGACCCGCGACGAGAUCACGCCCGUCACCACCAAAUGGAUCGAUCCGAGCACCAAGCAGGCCAAGACCGUCACCGUGGACAAGGACGACGGCAUCAGACCGGGCACCACGUACGAAGGGCUCGCCAAGAUCCGCUCUGCCUUCCCGCAAUGGGGUCCCACGACCACGGGAGGCAAUGCCUCGCAGGUCACCGACGGCGCCGCCGCCGUGCUGAUGAUGAAGCGCUCGACCGCCGAGAAACUGGGCCAGCCCAUCAUCGGCAAGUACGUCAAGAGCACCGUCGUCGGCCUGGCCCCGCGCAUCAUGGGCAUCGGCCCCAGUCUGGCCAUCCCCAAGAUCUUGCAAAAGACCGGCCUGACCAAGGACGAUGUGGAUCUCUUUGAGAUCAACGAGGCGUUUGCUUCGAUGUACGUCUACUGCGUCAACGAACUCGGCUUGGAUAUCGACAAGGUCAACGUCCGCGGAGGCGCCAUUGCCAUCGGCCACCCCUUGGGCGCCACGGGCACGCGGCAAGUGGUGACGCUGCUUUCCGAGCUGAAGCGCCGCGGGCAGAAAGUCGGUGUCACGAGUAUGUGCGUCGGCACGGGCAUGGGCAUGGCCGGUGUGUUUGUCUCGGAAGCAUAA